ACUUCCGGUUCAGUGUUACAACGACGGAAGCCGGCGUGAAGUGCGUGGGUAUGAACAACAUGCUGCAGUUCAUGAAACUUAUAGGGCAGUUAAAGGUAAGGGAGAAUACUUUUGGCGUGGUUCCGCGGACAGGCUGGGUGUACAACAGCAUCCAGCAGCCCGAGAGUGUGUCCGAUCAUAUGUACAGGAUGUCCAUGAUGGCCCUAACCAUCACCGACAGCACCAUCGACAAAGACAGGUGCAUAAAACUGGCUUUGGUUCAUGACAUGGCCGAGUGCAUUGUGGGUGAUAUCGCGCCAGCAGAUAACGUCAGCAAGGCGGAGAAGCACAGAAGAGAGGAGGAAGCUAUGAAGCACCUAACUGGACUGCUUAAGGACGAUCUGAGGAAAGAGAUUUAUGGGCUGUGGGAAGAGUACGAGUAUCAGUCGAGCCCCGAGGCCAAGCUGGUGAAGGAGCUGGAUCAACUGGAGAUGAUCCUGCAGGCCUUCGAGUACGAGGAGCUGGAUAAGAAACCUGGAAAGCUGCAGGAGUUUUUUGAUUCCACAAAAGGGAAGUUCAGCCACCCAGAAGUCCUUCAGCUGGUCAGGAGUUUGAAUGAAGAGCGAGCUGAUCACAUGGCAGCGGUGAGCGAGACCUCUCGCAAAGACUCUUUGAGCACUGAUAGCCAAUCACCCAGCGUGAUAGCCAAUCAUCAUACCGUGUGACUCUAACCCCUUUUUUAUAAUUAAGGGUAGCAGAGACUCUUGUUUCACUUGAUUCGCUCAGAAGCAUAGCAUUGAUCACCAGGAAAGUGACAUCCCUGUCCCUUAUUUAUAAAAUACUGUGUAUUUGUUCUGGAGAUAAAAGUUACCAUCCGGCCUGUUACAAAGACUUUGUGUUUGCAACCUCAUCCAAGUAAAUUAUAAAUCAAG